GAUUAGUGUGGGAGAGAAUGCACGAGCCCAAUUACAGCCUAGCAGCAGCUCAUCAGUCCUACAUCAAGCAGUCCGCGUGCCGCCUCGCGUUAUCCAGCGAAAGCUACGACUUCGUGGAUACACGAAUUAAUAAAUAAACAUUAAGAGAGCAAAAUCCAAUAUUUCAUUCAACUGAUUAUUAUCCCCACCACCGAUGCAAUUUGUGGGAUGUCAUCGCAAUGGGACGUCCUCAGUAUAUCCCAGAUCCACCGAUGGGCAAAUAGUUGAUGAAACCUACCGGCAUCGCGAAAGGGUUGUUGUUUUCUGUUUUCCCCCAAUUCAAGUUUUUAUCCACCGUUAGGAAAGUUUACCAAGGCGCUAAGAAGGUGAAAAAGACUCGGCAGAAUCUGAAUAAGGCUCAUAAGACUGUGCAGGAGCUGAAUCAUCUCGGGGGUACUCUUAAGAAUACUUUGGUGAAGACUAAAAGCUGCGAAAUGCAGUUGGCCACCAAACUUGCGAUCGGUUCGCUGAGCGCGCUGAUUUUCAUGAUUUUGUUCGGUUUUGUGAUCUUUCCCAAGGUGCUGCAUUCUCAAGUUAAAGGGAUGGUAAACUUGGGUCCAGGAACAGACAUAAGAGGCAUGUUCUUGACGAUACCCUUCGCCCUGACCUUCAAAGUGUACCUAUUCAACAUAACGAAUCCUACGGAUGUACAGUACUUUGGAGCAAAACCUAUAGUUAAGCAGGUUGGGCCAUUCUGUUACGAAGAAUGGAAGAAAAAGGUAAAAGUGGAGGAUUCGGUUGCCGAAGAUACAAUCAGCUACAAUCCAGUGGAUACGUUUUUGAAAGCAAACUGGACGGGUUGCAAAUCUGGACAACUAGAAGUUACUAUACCGCAUCCUAUGAUUUUGGGUGUGGUAAACACCGUCCUAAGACAGAAGCCUGGGGCAUUGAAUCUGAUCAACAAGGCGAUCAGAUCUAUCUACAACAACCCAACUUCCAUAUUUCUAACGGCAAAGGCAGAUGAUAUUCUUUUUGAUGGCGUCACUAUUAAUUGCGCUGUUACGGAUUUCGCGGGAAAAGCAUUGUGCGCCCAGUUGAAGCAAGAGGCUGGCUUGAGACAUAUCUCGGAGGAUGAGCUGGCGUUUUCACUACUUGGACCAAAAAAUGCCACGGAAGGGAAACGAAUAAAAGCUUACCGAGGAACGAAAAACUCGCGUGACGUGGGAAAAAUCGUUGAAUACGAUAACGCAGCAACUAUGAGUGCUUGGCCGACAGAUGAAUGUAAUGUUAUUGAUGGAACUGACGGUACAAUAUUCCCUCCUUUUCUGGAACAAGAUGAUGGGAUUGUGUCUUUUGCGCCAGACCUAUGCAGAUCUCUCAAAGCUUACUACGUAAAGCCAGCUAAGUAUGAUGGAAUUCCUGUGGGAGAAUACACAGCAGACCUUGGUGAUGCGUCAACCAAUGAAGACGAAAAGUGCUACUGUUAUACAGAUGAUACCUGCUUGAAAAAAGGUCUAAUGGAUCUGUACAAGUGUUCUGGUGUGCCAGUUUAUGCUUCCCUGCCUCACUUUUUGGACACUGAUGAAAGUUACCUAAAAGGAGUCCAAGGACUGAAGCCUAAUAAGACAGAACAUGAAAUUAGAAUAUUGUUUGAAUCGUUCAGUGGAAGUCCUCUGUUCGCACGGAAACGGCUUCAGUUCAACAUGCCUCUGGAACCAGUUCCAAAACUGGAACUUUUCAAAAAUUUCACCGAGACAGUGGUCCCAAUGUUUUGGAUCGAAGAGGGAGUGGAACUCAACAGUACCCUGACGAAACCCCUGAAGAUGCUCUUCAUGCUGAAGUCUGUAGUGAACGUCACCAAAUACCUGGUGAUCUUAGGCGCAUUGGGAGGCCUGGCGUACUCCGGUUACCUUUUCUACAAAAGCAGCGGGAAAGUCAACAUUACCCCUGUUCAUAAAGUACAGCCCAAUGAUAGUAAUAGCAUUUCAAGUGUAAAUAAUAUGUAUCAGGGCCACGUGAAUCGAGCUAUGUCGACACACAGCGUAGACAAAUACUGAAUUGUAGGGAAGAAGAAGAAUAUUGUGUAAUAGGUUAAUUAUUCCAAAGCUAAAAAAAAUGUUUUUGGGUAUAGGAACUUGAAACAGCGGCUAUAGGAAUUCAAACAGCUUAGAUAUCAUUUGAAUUUGAAGCGAUUUUAGGAGCUACGAAAACUAAAAAUUCUAUGAAAAUGUAUGCAAGUGUAAAAUAUUUAUUUUAGAUAUUGGUAUGACUCGUAAUGAAGAUUAAUAAGAUUUUUUUACCAGUUCUUCACUAUUUUAUAACAUGCAGUUUGGACUGAACAUUCACCAAUGAGUCGUACGAUGUAAUCUCCUUAUUUGAGGCUCAUCGGUGCGAUGUAUUCUUCUGCUGAAUAACAAAUUUCACUGCUGUGCUUAAGUGUGUAUAUUUGUUAUUACUUUUUUAAGGCUACCAUAAGCACAGUUUUGCAACGGUUAUUGAAAUGCGUCAGCAGAAGCAUUCACCCAGAAUUAAUGAGAAGACAAAACACGCCCACAGUGUCUGCUGACCCUUUGACAUUUAUGUAGAAAAUUCCAUUUGAUAAAGGGUUUUUUUAGAGGUAUAGAACUUUAAAUUGCAAUAGAACAACGAUGGAUUAUUCGAUUGACAUGAAUUUUUUUUAUUCGAAAGAUAAUUUUGUGGCAUUUCAUUUUAAAAAUGAUUUCUGACAUAUAACUGUCACGGCUAUCUCGGAUGUUGUCCAAUCUGGACCUCUAAUUUUCCAACAUUUGUAGCCGUAUAUCGGCAAUAACAUGGCGAAUGUUGUCUUCCAAAUGGUCAAGCGUUAUUGGCUUAUCGGCAUAGACCAAUGACUUUACAUAGCCCCACAGAAAAUAGUUUAGUGGUGUUAAAUCACAAGAUCUUGGAGGCCAAUUCACAGGUCCAAAACGUGAAAUUAGGCGGUCACCAAACCAAAAAAUCGAUUGUAGCACGAGCUGUGUGACAUGUUGCGUCAUCUUGUUGGAACCACAGCUCCUGGACAUCAUGAUUGUUCAAUUGAGGGAUGAAAAAGUUAGUAAUCAUGGCUUUGUACCGAUCACCAUUGACUGUAACGUUCUGGCCAUCAUCGUUUUUGAAGAACUACGGACCAAUGAUUCCACCAGCCCAUAAAGCGCACCAAACAGUCAGUUUUUCUGGAUGUAAAGGUGUUUCUACAUAGACUUGAGGAUUAGCUUCACUCCAAAUGCGGCAGUUUUGUUUGUUGACGUAGCCAUUCAACCAGAGGUGCGCUUCAUCGCUAAACAAAAUUCGCUUAUGAAAAUCGGGAUCAACGGCAAUCUCGUUUUUGGCCCAUUCAACGAAUCUACGUCUUGCUAGAUGAUCGUUUCGCUUCAAUUCUUGCACGAGUUGAAGUUUUUAAGCACGCAAAAAAGAUCCUUCAGCAAAAUCUUCCAUAAAGUGGAUGGACACAGAUCCAAUUCCUGUGCUCGAUGGCGGAUGGACUCAUUCGGGACUUCCUGAAUGCUACGCUCUAACGUAGCAAUAGCUUCUUCUGUAUGCACCGUACGGCUUCUCUGGGGAUGCGAGUUAUCAAUUAGAGUAAAAGUGGUGCGAAAACGUUCCAUGGUUAAUCGAAUUAACUGCUCUGAUGGACGAUUUUGUCGACGAUAAAAUGGAUGUAGUGCGCGACACGUAAUCCGCACAGAAUCACUAUUUUCGAAAUAAAACUGCACAAUUUGCACGCAUUGUUCAGGCAUGAGUCUAUUCAUGAUGAAUUGCCAAACCAAACUGAGAAUAAAUCACUUGACAGCUGUCAAAUCGGUCGCCAUCUUCAAAAGUAAUGCCAACUUAAAGUUCUAUACCUCGAAAAAAAAAACACCCGUUAUAAUUCUAUACCCAAUACGCAACAAACUGAUAGCUAAUGUCAAACAUGCAUGUGGCAAAAGACGCUUAAACCAAAAAUACCUUGGUAAUUGUUGUCACACGUUUUUUAUGUUCUGUUAUUAAUAAUUAUAUAAUGUUAAAUAAUCUCAAACAACCACAAAUGAAUUUGUGUCUUCGUCAGCACAUUUAUCGUUUAUUUACCUUUUUGGACCAUAAUGCAAUUUGUACCUAUAUCAAGAAUGAGUUUUCCAUAUUCGCAGGACACAUUCAGAAGGAUUUGUUAUACGAGUAGGUUAACAAAUCUCAGAUUUAUGUAAGGAUGCUGUGAAUAGGUAUAGGAAUAUUAUGUACCUCCGCACUGGAGAUGUUGGAGCAACUUUUUGUGGAGGAAGAAAUAUAUAUGUUUUUGUUUAUUUUGUUGCGUAAUAUUUGUAUACG